UCCUCCCCCCCCCCCACGUUUCUUUUUUGGUCGCCUUCAUCUCGGGGAUCUUAAUUGUGGGAAAACCUGCCAACAGAUAGAUAGACGUGUACGCAAGCCAACUUGGAGAAGCGGCGAGGCUUCCCUGCCCACCCUCUUCCCUCCGUCGUUGCCCGUGGCGUGGCAAUGUGAGUGAGGAUUGCGCCGCCGCUUUCGCCCUAUUUCUUCCUUCCCGUCGGCGGGAGAAACCGUGGAAUUAGAAGCCCGGCACGGAUCGCGCGUGUGCGCGCGUGGUUGUGGAGAGAGACCAGCUUGGUUGCGUUAAAGGACGCCGAGGAGAAUUCAGACGGCAACCGGGAGAUCCUUCUGGAAACACUACAAAAUACAGAACUUUGCUUCUCGUGGGUCUCUCGAUGUACGUCCAAGCUUGAAUGAAGAACAUGAAAAGUACUUUGCUUUACGUGAAGUGAGCACUGGAGCUGAGAGACUUGGCUGUGAAUUACACUUCCUCCUUUUAUCAAUGGAUUCCAGUCUUACACGCCUGUGAAGCUGGUGCCCAGAGCUAUGUUUGCUUCUUUACUCUAUUGCAGCUCUGUCAGGGAGGGUUGAGACUUCAGGCUGGGAAAGGGUUUGUUUCAAGCAGCUGGAACGUGGUGCCAUGAGACAGUCUGUCAUCCAUGACGCAUUGGGAUUAUCAUGAUCGAAUACUCCGCUUUGAUUUUAACCAGUGGCCAAGAGCUUUGUAUGGUCAGCAACAAGGACCGGACUUCUAAAGACAGUAUAACAGGCCUGUGACGGAGGAUUAGACAACAUCAGUGGAGUCAUGCUUCACACAGCCAUAUCAUGCUGGCAGCCAUUUCUAGGUCUGGCUGUGUUGCUAAUUUUCAUGGGCUCCACCAUAGGCUGCCCGGCCCGCUGUGAGUGCUCAGCACAGAACAAGUCUGUCAGCUGUCACCGGAGGCGCCUGAUUGCCAUCCCCGAGGGCAUCCCCAUUGAGACAAAAAUCCUGGAUCUUAGCAAGAACAGGCUGAAAAGUGUCAACCCGGAGGAGUUCACAGCUUUCCCUCUGCUGGAGGAGAUAGAUCUCAGCGACAACAUCGUUGCCAACGUCGAGCCCGGAGCCUUUAACAAUCUGUUUAACUUGCGCUCCUUGCGACUGAAAGGGAACCGUCUGAAGCUGGUCCCUUUAGGGGUCUUCACCGGGCUGUCAAACUUAACAAAGCUAGAUAUCAGUGAGAACAAGAUUGUCAUUCUGCUGGACUACAUGUUCCAGGAUCUGCACAACCUCAAGUCCCUCGAGGUUGGGGAUAACGAUCUGGUUUACAUCUCUCACAGGGCAUUCAGCGGACUGCUCAGCUUGGAGCAGUUGACUCUGGAAAAAUGCAACCUAACAGCUGUACCAACAGAAGCCCUUUCUCACCUUCACAACCUCAUCAGCCUACACCUGAGACAUCUCAAUAUUAACCUUUUGCCUGCAUAUGCCUUCAAGAGAUUGUUCCACCUGAAAAACCUAGAAAUAGACUAUUGGCCUAUGCUGGACAUGAUCCCUAUCAACAGCCUGUAUGGCUUGAACCUCACCUCUCUCUCCAUCACCAAUACUAACCUGUCCACCGUCCCUUAUUCUGCUCUGAAGCACCUGGUUUACUUGACCCACCUGAAUCUCUCCUACAACCCCAUCAGCACCAUUGAGUCGGACAUGCUUGCCGAUGUGGUGCGUCUCCAAGAGCUCCACAUAGUUGGGGCCCAGUUGCGUACCAUCGAACCCCACGCAUUCCAAGGACUGCGGUUCCUCCGGGUGCUUAAUGUGUCCCAAAACCUGUUGGAAACCAUCGAAGAGAACGUGUUCCAUUCCACCAAAGCCCUGGAAAUCCUCUGCAUAAGCAACAACCCACUGGCUUGCGACUGCCGCUUGCUUUGGAUUUUACAAAGGCAGCCCACGCUGCAGUUUGGGGGCCAGCAGCCAAUGUGCGCCGGCCCGGACAGCGUCAAAGAGAGGCCCUUCAAAGACUUCCACAGCACCGCCCUUUCUUUCUACUUCACCUGCAAGAAGCCCAGGAUACGUGACAAGAAGCUGCAAUACCUGGUGAUCGAGGAAGGGCAAACGGUGCAGCUGCAGUGCAGUGCAGAUGGCGACCCUCAGCCCACCGUCGCCUGGCUGACGCCGCGACGGAGACUGGUCACCACAAAAUCGAAUGGGAGAGCUACGGUGCUGGGAGAUGGCACCCUGGAGAUCCGGUUUGCCCAAGAUCAAGACAGCGGGAUCUAUGUUUGUGUGGCCAGCAAUGCUGCUGGGAACGACACCUUGUCAGCCACCCUCACCGUCAAAGGGUUUGCCUCCGAUCGUUUCCUUUAUGCCAACAGGACUCCUAUGUACAUGACAGAUUCCAAUGACACCAGUUCCAAUGGAACCAAUAUGAAUACAUUUUCCCUGGACCUUAAGACAAUACUGGUGUCGACAGCCAUGGGCUGCUUCACAUUCCUCGGGGUGGUUUUAUUUUGUUUCUUACUACUUUUUGUGUGGAGCCGAGGGAAAGGCAAGCAUAAAACCAACAUUGACCUCGAGUACGUCCCCCGUAAGAACAAUGGCGCGGUUGUGGAAGGGGAGGUUCCGGGACCACGCAGGUUCAAUAUGAAAAUGAUUUGAUGGUUGUGUGCUGCUAGAAUUAUUAAUUCUCCCACCCCUUCCCCUCCUGUGGCAUUCUGACCAAUCCAACAAGCUUGGUAUCUGGGAAUUGCCAUGCUAGAGGCUCUCGGCCGUCGCGGUGUCAAACGGUACAUGGAAACCAGGAAGACUAUCUGAGGUUGUACAGCAAAGCCUCUUGUUUUGAGGCUGCGUGUGUGUGUGUUAGGGCUUUUUUUGCAGAGUUGGCAUACAGUACUAAUUGUUUGCAUUGCAAAUUUUUUGCCAUUCUGAGGAUCUCAGUAACAAACUGUCGGCUCAUGUUCACGGACAAGUGUUCAAAACAUUUUCUACCACUACAAAAAA